CCCGCUAGGGAAGUCAAAAGUCAUUGCCUAGGGUUGACAGCGCUGCACGUUUGAAAGAGGUUUAUUUCAUAAGAAGGAACUGAAAUGCGCUUUGGUGGGUUUUCACCGAUCACAUGGCCACUGAUGAAGGCUUUAAGAUUUUAAACCUCUGGACCAUGAAAGUGAAAUCUUGCUAAUAUCCAAAUCAUUUGAAUGUUGUAAGUUAUUCGUUCGGGUUAGUGCGAUAAUUACCGUGGUUUGAAGUGUAUCGAUCGAAUUGCGUGUAACAGUUAAUUGGAGCUUAAUUUGAAGGCAAAUCUAGAGGCAAAUCGGUUGAUAGUUAUUCAUUAGGGAUAUUGAUCAUUGAUUGGCUCAGCGGGGAUGCUCGCCAGUUAAUGUUGGAUAGUAAGAUCUGUUGUUGAUGGACUGGUGUACGGUCUUUGUUCGCUCAGUUCAGUGUCUCCGCCAUUCUCUCCUCGGGUACUACCUAAUGUUUUGAAGAGCACGCGAGAAUUGGAGUGAACAGUAAUUACUGAAACACCUUCGACUCUCAUCUAGAGCAGCUUCAUUUCCGUACGUCGUUAACUCGGUCCGCCCUUGACUGAUCCCACCAUGGUGAAAAGGGAUCAAGAAUUCCACACAAAUGAUGAAGAAAAAGUUAAGGAACGAACAAGUGAAUCUAAACAAAAAAGGAAACGUAAACGACGAAGAAAACCAAGACUAACUGGGUUGAGUAAAGAAAGACAAACGGCAAACGCGAGAGAAAGAUGUCGAAUGAGGAGCAUAAGUGAUGCUCUUCUGCAUCUAAGGGGUCAUCUUCCUUCCACUGUGGUACCCAAAAAUCAGAAGUUAUCCAAGAUCCAAACACUACGGCUAGCUAUCGGCUAUAUAUCUGACUUAUGGCAAGACGUGCAGAACAAUGAUGGACGAGUUCGUGUGCUUGAUAAUAUAUCUGAGAUAUCUGGACAAGAAGAGGUGAAAGAGGUGCCGACGCAGAAAACAACAUCCAGUGGUCGCAUAGACAGCGUGAAAGAUUGUCCUGUGUCGGAAUGUGUUUACUGCGAUAGCUUUGAGUACUUCAUAGAAUAAUCGUAAAGGUUUUUGUUUAUUUAUGAUGUACGAGCUAUACAGUGGAUCAUAGUCCGUUGUUUACGAGUUCAUACUGAGUAUGCUUUGUUCCUGUACAAGUCCACGGCUUUGAGACCCAUCAAACUUGAUUCUUCACAACCGAACAUCUCAGCAAGUAUCUCUACGGGAUACAAGUUCUGAUGUACCCUAGAGAUUAAAUCAUCGUGUCAAGUGAAUAUAUUUACUCAAAGUUACCAGGACCUGUUUAGGAAUGUUUUUACUAGUCCACGGCCG